AUGGCCCAAGUUCCGGACGCGUCUACAGUGCCAGUACCUGAUGUGAGCCCUGAGGAAGAGGCUUUGCUGUUUGGGUCUCAAGGACAGCCGACAGCACCUGCUGGAGGAGCGAACCCUUUCGCGUCGCCUCCGGCAACUCCAGCUCAAGCUCAUGCUUCGCCUGCUGGAAGCCAAGUGGGUGGAGUACAAGCUGGAAAUGGCCUUGGUGAAGGCAACUUCCAAGCCAUCUUCUUGGAGAUGCUAAGGCAGCAAAGUCAGGCCAACCAGCAGAACCAGCAGUUGAUAGCUGCCCUCAUGAGAAGAAUGGAUUUGGAAGAGAAGCGUCGAAAUGAGGCUGAAGAGAAGGCAGCGGAGACCGCACGUUUGGUUGCGGAGGCUGCAGCUAGAGCCAAGACGGAAGACCCGUUUGCAGCUGCGCCGAGCACACCUUCUGUGCCUUUUGCAGGAGCUACCUCGUCUUCGAGCUCUGUUCGGAGCCCAUUGGUGCAGAAUAGGGCGGAGAAGUACCUUCCAUCUCUGCCGAUGCUAGAGCAUCAAGGCAUGAACAAGGGCAGGAUGCGAGAAGUCGAGACGUGGCAUGCCUACUUGGAGACACUGUCAUCGUGGCUUGCUCUUCAAGAUGAGUCUUUCGUUCGAGAGUUGCAACUCUGCGUCAAGCAAAAGAAUGAGAUCCUUCAGAAGGAUUUGGCGGAUGAUGUUGCUGCUCGAAGCGCGAAGCUUUACUACUAUCUCACCCAAUCUCUCUCACGUUGGGAAAGAGGUCAGGAGUUGCUACGCUCGUGCUCGAAAAGGCAGUCUUUGAGUGCAUGCGGAUACGAGGCGGUGAGGACCAUCACGCAGCAAUACAGCAUUGUGUCUCGCAUGGAAGCUGUCUACGUGCGGGAGCAGUGCCUCAAGUUGGCGACUACGUGCCAGCAUCACCGACGGCCGACAGACCUCAUCCGUCACUUGGAGGACGAGUUUUCUCGUGCCGAAUCCAAGCUUGGGAACUUUCCAGAGUUGCGUCUCACGGAGGCUGACCGCUGCAGUGUUUUGCUGCAAGCUCUGAGCCAGGAGCUCAGACAGUACGUCGUUCUUCAUGGAAAGAGCAACGACUGGACAUCGCUGAGCGAUAGCCUUCGGUACUAUGAGGAGCAGCUUCGUCUGUGUGAGGGUCCUUUUUCCUCAAAUCGGCAGAUGUCGGGAAAGGGUGACAAGCUUUGUGACCACUGUGGACGAAAGGGACACUUGGCUAAGGACUGCUGGAGCCGUCAGCGUGAAGCCGGUGAAAAGGGCAAGAAGGGCGACAAGGGCAAGAAGGGCGAUGGCAAGGGAGCGCAGAAUCCCAAAGGAAAGCCACGCUCUCCAACGCCGAAAGGCGGCAAAGGCGGCAAAGACAAGGAGCAGAAGCCCGACAAGCCUGAUAAAGGCAAGGGCAAAGGCAAGAAGAAGAAGAAGGCUAGAGCCCGGGCUAUGGGAGAACCAGAGUCCGAGGCAGAGUCCGAGUCUUCGAGGACCUCCACCGUGAUGGCGAUGAGGUUUGCCAAGCCUUCUGCUGUACGAGAAGUACUGAGCCAGCCUGAGCCUGAGAAGCCUAAGCCCGUAGAGGCAGUCCCUAGACCGGUCGCUGUAGGGCCGAAAGGCACUGUAGAUGAGAAGGUAGGCACCCUGACUGGAAGCACCUCGAAGGGAGAUGCGGCAUACGUCUGCGCUUCGCUGCAGGGAUCGGACAUGGAGAUCGACUCUCUUCCUGUCGACAAGGAACCCAGGAAAGACAUUACUGCAGGACCAAGCAUCCUGAAGAAGACUUCGAAAGAAGUGAAGAGUGAUGAGAAGCCUGGAAAGGACGAGAAGUCCGCCAUGUCUUGA